AUGCGCUCCAUUUCUUCCGCCAUGAGGUCGCUCCUCCUCUCCGCCUCCGCCCCCUCCUCCUCCCCCGCUUUCUUGCCCCGCUCCACCGCCCUCCGCCCGCUGCUCUCGCUCCCUUUCCGGCCGGAUCUUUCCCGCCCCAGGCCCUUCGCCCCCCCGGCCAGGUCGCUCUCUAAGACGGCACCGCCGGCGGCGGCGGCCAGGGCUCGGAUAGACGAACGUGUUUCGGGGAUGGAGGUCCAGGCGGCGAAUUCCGGCGAGAUUCACAUCAUCGUCGGGCCCAUGUUCGCUGGCAAGACCACCGCGCUUCUCCGCCGGGUCCAGGCCGAGGCCGGCACCGGCAGGACUGUGGCACUCAUAAAGUCUGACAAAGACAAUCGAUAUGGAUUGGAUUCUGUUGUGACCCAUGAUGGCACAAAGAUGGCAUGCUGGGCUCUACCAGAGCUUUCAACUUUCCAAGAUAAAUUAGGGAGAGAUGCUUAUGAUAAGGUAGAUGUCAUAGGUAUCGAUGAAGCCCAGUUCUUCGAUGAUCUUCAUGAUUUUUGCAGCAAAGCCGCUGAUCAUGAUGGAAAAAUCGUUGUGGUUGCAGGGCUAGAUGGUGAUUACAAAAGGAACAAGUUUGGCUCAGUACUGGACAUCAUUCCCCUGGCCAACUCGGUCACCAAGCUGACAGCACGGUGUGAGUUGUGCGAUCGCCGGGCGUCCUUCACAUUGAGGAAGACACAGGAAACCAGGACCGAACUCAUUGGUGGAGCCAAUGUGUAUAUGCCUGUGUGCAGGCAGCACUACUUGGACGGGCAGAUUGUCAUCGAGGCCACAAGGAUUGUUAUGGAUAUCGAAAGAUCCACGGAAGUAGCUCGCUGCUAG